AUGCCCAGGGAGGCUGCAAAAGCAGACAGCAUGGGAAGGGCUGAGGGUGCUGCGCCAGCAGAGCCCGGGGAUCCCGACAGCAGUGAGCCGGGAGCCAUCAGCCUGUGCCCCGUGGAGUCCAUCAGCGACCUGCACUUGGCCUCGGGCGGGCAGAAGGGCACAGAGGGCAACGGCCCGGCUCCCUCCAGCAGCCUCCGCCGGCCUCCACCUCGGCCCGUGUCCCCCGUGCCCCCAGCGCUACUGCCUACCCUGCGCCCCGUGCCCCCUGCCAGCCCCUGCCCCUGCCUCGGCCCUGGCCACCCCCUGCUGCUGGCUCUGCUGGUGCUCCUGGCACUGGCGAGCCUGGUCCUGGCCACGCUGGCCAUCUACCUGAGUGUCCUGCAGAGCCAGUCCGUGCGGGCGCUGGCCCAGUGGCUGGAGAGCCAAGAGGAUGCCGUGCACCAGCUGCGGGCAGCCAGCAGGCAGCUCUGGGCUCGCCUCAACGCCAGCACCCAGCCUGGCGGGCACCGCUGA